GGUUGCUACUUCAGAGUCAUUUUUGUCAAAAGUUAUCUGCGGAGAGCUCAUCAUUCCACGCUUUACCAUGUCAUCGACGAACCAUCUCCGCCUCGCCCUCCUGACUGAAGAAGACGACAUCCGUCGCGUUGCAGCGAUGGAGGUUGCUUCAUAUCCCGCCGACGAAGCGGCUACUGAGUCGGGUAUUCGAUUCCGGCAGAAAAACGCCGGGUCGUUCUUCUGGGUGGCCUACCUGUCCACUGAUGCCCAAGAAUCCGAGACUCUCGUGGGCUUCGUCAACGGCACAUUGACAGCCAGAGAUGAACUGGAUGACGAGUCCAUGAGUCGCCAUGAUCCGCACGGAUCGCUGCUUUGUAUCCACUCGGUGGUGGUGGAUCAGGCUUUCCGUCGUCGAGGACUAGCUGUGAAGAUACUCAAGCGAUACGUGGACAUCAUCCUGGACUCACAGCCCCAAGUAAAGCGCAUCAUGCUCAUCUCCAAGGCCCAUUUAGUCGGUUUCUAUGUAAAGUGCGGGUUCUCCGUGACGAGACUGUCGCCGGUUGUGCAUGGUCAAGAUCCGUGGUUCGAAUUGUCACUGGACUGCGAGAAAGCGAGACUACCACCGAUGAUUCAGGUGGACGCAUUCUCUAGUGAACCUUUUCAGGGCAAUCCGGCGGCUGUGGUGUUGCUCUCACCUACUGCAUACCACAAGGACGGGGUCUCGGAAUGGAUGCAGCGUGUGGCUAUUGAGAACAAUUUGAGUGAGACAGCGUAUACUGCUCCUCGUGAACGCUCUAGCCAGACUCCUAACGACGUCGUAGAGUACGACCUGCGGUGGUUCACUCCAGGAGCUGAGGUGAAGCUGUGUGGACACGCCACUUUGUCGACGGCUUUUGCGUUGCUUGAUGCUGGUCACGUGACUACGAACCAAACGCUGCGCUUCCACACGCUGAGUGGAGUGCUGGUGUGUCGCUUUGAGGUGCAAACCGAGACACAGAAGUUGUUCGUGUUGAUGGACUUCCCGGAGCAGCCUACUGAGCCUGUAGGAUCGAGUGUGGUGCUGAAUGAGCUGGCUGCUGCUUUGGGUGUCCAGCCUAAUGCCAUCGUUGACGUGAAGAAAGCUACCACGGAUCUACUCGUUCGCGUGACGCCUGAGGCCUUCUCCACGCUCAAGCCGGACUUUGUGCAACUGGCCAAGACUGAUGUACGUGGCUUCGCGGUUACAGCUGAAAUGCCCAGUGGCAAUGGGUCGAACGUGGAUAUUCAAAGCCGGUUCUUCGCUCCUGGUGUUGGCGUGAACGAAGAUCCGGUCACUGGCAGUGCGCAUUGCGGUCUUGGACCGUACUGGGCCCCAAUACUCAAGAAGACGACGAUCAAAGCACAGCAAUUCACCCCUGUCCGUGGAGGAUACAUCACGUUGGACCUUGUGACAGCUGGACCGGGUCGUGUCCUGUUGAAGGGCGAAGGAGUUGUCGUCCUGCGCGGUCAGCUGUCUUCAUCACCGUAAACCAGUAGGUGUUCAUUCGACUGAGUUUCUGUGAAACUAACGAGCAUCAAGUGAAAGAAUGAGGGUACUCAACGCGUCAUCGCGCUCAUCGACAGAUAAUACACCAAAUAAUUCUUGUUCAAUUGGAACGCGCCUAUGAAAUUGCUCAUAAAUUGAAUCCAUGGAAACAAACAAUGCAAAACGAGCC